UCUUGCCAUCGUACUCUAGGCUAUCUCGGCGACAUCUGCCGCUAUCGUGCAGAGGACAAGCUGGACGACACCCCGAACUUCGGACCUGCCAUUGGCUUCUAUGCCUUGGCUGCCACCUUCCGCCCAUCCUCUGGUUUGGGCCAUCACCAGCAAGCAGUCAUUGCUCUCCAGAACAAGCACCAUUUGCGUGCGAUAUACCACCUUUACCGUGCCAUAACCGUCGAGGAUCCCUUCCCGCUUGCGAUCAACAAUUUGCAGAAGGAAGUGGAGAAGACGAAUGCUGCAUGGGUGAAGAACACUUUGAUCCAAAAAGGCCCUCCAAACGAUCCCGAUGCUUCGAAGAACCACCUGGUCGGCUGGUUCGUUCGCUUGCAUAGCAUGUGCUAUAGUGGCGAGGAGUUCUCCGGCCAUAACGAGCUGGAACUUGAAGUCCUCAGCCGAUUGACCAAUGUGAUCAAGCAGCGAGAUCUGGACGGCACUCUCAUGCGUAUGAUCAUCAUCAACGUUGCAGCACAGUACACAGCUGGCGAACGAUUCAAGAGUGAGUCCUAUGCGUCCGACAAUAUGCUCUUCCAGCAGUCUUACCUCUACUACUUCAGGUUCAACCUUCGGACUUUCACUGCUCUUCUCCGCGUCUUUUACGACGACCUCCGAUCUAAGCUUUCCAACAUGGACGACGCUAAUGACGACGAUCUUACUGUUAAGUUGACGCGCAUCAGCCGCAGUCUGCUACCUUGUCUGCGUAUCUGCAACAACUGGCUGGCCACGGUCGUCCACAUCGUCUGUGGUCUCGCAACCGAGGAAAGCAUGGCCGGCUCGAUCACGCAGUUCUGGUCGUCGUACGCUCGCGUUGUCGAUCUCAUGGCGCAAGCUUUUCCUAUUUGGGAUCUCGAUGAUGUCGCCAAUAUCGGCUAUAUGCUCGUGGAGGACGUCGACACAAUUGCGUUCAAACCUCUCAUGGACGAUGGUGGCAAGACGUCAAAGACCUGGUACGAUAGGACGACCGGUGAUCUCAGACCAAGGUGCACCGACACCGAUGUUGUUCAAGCCUCUGCGGAUGUGGAAAUGUUGCAGCGCGUGAAAGACUUUCUGGCGGACGGCGUUGAAAUGGCUAGCAGCGAU